AUGGCCAGCAGCAUUGGUGUCCCUGCAUUUGGCCCUCAAGAUGUUCAGCUGACACAUGCAGAGAAAUCUGGCUCAGAAAAAGCCAGUCAGCAGAAGCCAUGUUUUCAAUCAUCCAUUACUAUCGAGGCACCAAAUAACAUAGAUGCAGAUGUAGUAGCUAAACCUUUAGAACCAUCAGUAUUACCUGUCUCCAAUGCCAUUCCUAAAAGUCAAACAACCGAUGCCUCCUCUGAUGUACUGGUAAAUGCCACAGUUGUGUCAUCUGUUACUUGCGACACAGGAAAUGUGGAUGCAGCUCAUCAGCUUCCAAGCUCUUCAACAACUGCAGCGAAGACUACAGCUGGGAGUUCUUUGGGUGAAACAGUGUCCACAGAUCAGGCCAGCUCAAGCCCAGCUGGAAAAACUUUAUCCCCCACUGAAACUUUGGUUGACAAACCUUCAGCCAUCAACACUUCUGACAGCAAAGAAAUAGAAAAAGCAGCUGAAACCAGUAACCACACUGAAAGUGGUUUGAAACCUUCAUCCAAUGUGGAACCAUUGUCAGCAAUAGACAGUAACAAUGGGCAAGCAAAAACCUCUCCUGAACCAGUGAAAGUGAUUGGAACCUCUACAAACCAUGACACAGUCAAUCCCAGUCUAGAAUCAGCACCAUCCAAGAUUGUACCAAACAAAAACUCUAAAGACGGAAGACUCAACAAUAACAAGCAUCAGUUAGAAGAUGGAGAAGAGCUUGAAAAACCAGAAAAGAAAGCCAAACUUGCCCACACUUCAAAUACUGCUAAAGGACGUGGCAAAACUCCUGAGCAGAUCUUUGAGCUCAUGGACAAAACAUUUGAGCAGAGGAGGAAUGUUGUGACUAAGCAAAUGCCGACCAUCCCAGAACUGAAAGAACUGUAUCCAGACCUUUUCACAGGCAAACAACUCCUGCUAGAAUUUCAGCGCAUCACUAAAAUUGAUAUAGACCAGAAAAUCCAAGAGUUUUGUGUGCGCCAUGCUACAGCAGUUAUAGAGCUGGCUAAGCAUAGAAAAGAGGCAGCACCAGUCUUAGCUCGAUGGGAACAAGCCAAGCAAGAGAACGACACAUUAAAACAAUAUUGGGAUAUGGUUACUGCUCUUUGUUUGCUGCCGUUGCAUUUCGGUGAAAAUUUUGUAGAAAUGGUUCUGGAGAUUGGAGAAGAUGAAGAGGUGGUAGCUCAGGGUAAAAUUGUUCCCACUUUGGUGGCUCGUGGUAAUAUUUUUCGGACAGAUGAAUUCUUUCUUAUUGCAGAGAAUACAAUUGUCCAGGAGUUUGAGGAAUUUACAAUUGCAUUUGCAUCUCUCUAUUCUAGUUACUGGGUAUUCAACAUGGAGUACCCUAAGACCAUAGAGAACACUUAUAAUUACAUUCAGCGAUGCAUUGUUCGCCAGCGUGAACCUGGUGCAAUACCCAUUGCAUGUAAAAACUUCACAAAGACACUACUGAAAUGGAACAAAGGAAAAGAAGGAAAAUAA